AGACUUCUCUUUCUCCCACUUCGGACACAACCUUUGGUCAUGGGAAGGAUUGGAAAGGAGGUGUUGGGCCAGGUGCUCAGCUUCAUCGGCUUCGUGGGGGUGGCAGUGACCACGGGUAUCCCCAUGUGGAGGGUAACCACUUACAUCGGUGCCAACAUCGUAACAGGACAGAUUGUGUGGGACGGCCUGUGGAUGAACUGCGUGAUGCAGAGCACGGGACAGAUGCAGUGCAAGAUAAACGACUCAAUAAUGAGGCUAUCGACAGACCUUCAGGCAGCGAGGGCCCUGGUCAUCAUCUCCAUUAUCUUCAACUUUGUCGGCCUGAUUGUCACCUUCAUCGGGGGCCAGUGCACCAGCACCCUGAAGUCUGAAUCCUCCAAGGGUAAAGUGAUGAUCCUUGGAGGCAUCCUGCUGCUCAUUGGUGCUCUUCUGGUCCUCAUCCCCGUCUGCUGGUCGGCAGCGUUUACCAUCUCAGACUUUAAUAACCCUCUGACCAUUGAGACCCAGAGGAGGGAGAUAGGAGCCUCCAUCUACAUCGGCUGGGGCUCCACAGCACUGCUCCUCAUCGGGGGGAUAAUCCUCUGCACCUCCUGCCCGCCCCAGAAGAUGUAUGGGUACCCAGGCUAUCCUCAAGGAGCGCCCAUGUACCCCUAUCCAGGCCAACCAAUGGUCCAGGCAGGGCCCUAUGGGAGAGUUUACACCCCAACCAGUAGACCCUACUCAGGGACAGGUUCAUAUGCACCAAGCAAGCCAUACACAGCACCAAUAGAAUACGCUGUACCUGGACGGCCUGGACGGUAUCUGUAACAAAGUGAAAUGGAAAAAGGGAACGUCUCCCUGAAUACUGACUGGUAUUUUGGACCUUGACGUUUUCAAGCUAUUGUUUUGCUGAGCUUUGCCUCUGCAGAGUUUAAUUGCACCACCAAAAUGUACUUUUAUCAUGUACUUUUGUCCACAUUGAUAUGUAGAUAUUGUUAUUGAUGAGAAUAACAUGCAAUUUAUAGACAUGAAAAUGAUUGUGUGAAUGAUAUUCAUUAUGUUUACGAGUGUUUGCACUUUCACACAAGAGGAAGAAUCUGUUCUUUCUAAUGUUGACAAUGUAAAUCCUUAUGUCUUAAUGCAAACAUUACAACAAAUUGUUUGAUAAUGAGAAUGGAUGUAGCGUAAAUGUUCAUUUUAGCAGCAACCUGUGUUCUCCCAUUGUGCAACCGGUACUGUUGUCUUGUAAAUAGCUGGCUGGUCUAUGACUUGUGAUGUAUCUGUACACAUGUAUCUGUAUCUGAAAACAACACAUUUUUCUGUAAAUAUUUUGUGGAUAUAUUUACCAAAUAUAAACACACAUUUUAUUACAUAAAAUAAUGUGUAGUCUUAAUGUGUCUUUGUGGAAAAGUUGGGAAACAACAACUGCGAUUUCAAGUGUUCAUUAACUAUGAGCAAUAAUCAUACCAAUAAUCAAAGCCUAUGCAUUUUCUAACUUACGAUUCAUGUUAUAAAAGUUGCAUUUUGAAUUC